UAAGGGUGAAAGUGAGACUGGGGACCCGCGUGUUUAUUAACGGCGCUGAAGAUCACCCGGGGUACGAAAUCCGGGAAAUUUGCGGACUCCAGUUGCAGCGCUUUUGAUUGGGCACGCAUGACGCAGCUUGGCUCAGCUGAGGCUCGGCGCCAACCUGGGAACUUAGCGAUUCGCGCAGAACUACCCGUGUUUGCGCCUCAAACACCGUGUUGUUUGUUUUCGUUCUCCGCAUCCCGAGACCCGGUUGCUGACCCAAGGUAGCAGCACAACUUCACGUUCCCCUGCAGCGUCAGCUCUGAUCGUGCACAUCUCCAGAGCGAGUUCACAUCACAGUUGUCAACUUUGCAAGGAAGUGUACAAUCAACACUUUAAAGAUCGAUUGAAUGCAAGCCGCACUAUCGAGGACCGCAUCCAGGAGGUAUUCAGACUACAAUCAAGACUCCAGUUCCAUUUUAUCUGCGAACUGCUCCGCCAGGACGUCUGGCUCAGCCUCCUUUAGGUCACCCUUGGCCUGCACUGCCUCGGCGGCAUGGGGGAACCUCACAAUCAGACCAGCGACUACCUCCACGAACGUCUCACACCAGGUUAACUCGAUGUCAGGGUGCGCAGUGUACGUACCUUCGCCGCUAUGAAGCAGUUGAUCUUUCCUUGCCAUGACCUUUGUGCAAGUCCUCCAGUAAAAAGACAGCGACCAUGGUGUGCCUACCGUCCGGAUGUUUUGGAAUUCGCCGCUAUGCUCGACCUCGCGGAGGUAGCAGCAGGCCAUGUCA